UGACAGGUGCGCGCUCCCAGUCUUUGGUGGGAGGGGUGACAGGUUUGCGCUCCUGGUCUGUGCGGCGUGGGGGUGAUGGGUGCGCAUGCUCCCGGGCUGUGCAAGGGUGAUCCUCUUGGUAAAGAUCCCAUAGAUGCCUCCCCUUCCUGGUAAGGUAUCACCAAUGGAUGAAAUCAGAGGAGUUACAGAAGCUUACGGCCUCGGAGCCACUUACCUUGGAGCAGGAAUACCAGAUGCAGAGAAGCUGGCGGGAGGAUGCCGACAAAUGUACCUUCAUUGUUUUGGACAAGCUCAGGUGGGCGAGUGGUUUGUACACAGAAGAGGACUGCAUGGUGGGAGAUGUGAAUCUGUUUUUCACGGAUCCUGAAGACACCACAGUGGCUGAAAUUGAAAUUAUGAUUGCGGAGUCUAGUCACAGAGGAAAGGGGUUUGGAAAGGAAGCAACAAUGAUGAUGAUGUAUUAUGGAGUAACUAAACUGGGGAUAAAAAAAUUUCAAGCCAAGAUCAACCUGGAAAAUACAAUCAGCAUUGCUAUGUUUCAAAACUUCCACUUUAAAGAGGUUUCUAUCAGUGACAUAUUCCAGGAAGUGACGCUCUGGUUAACUGUCGACAACUGCAGAAGAAAAUGGCUCCUCGAACAAACUAAUCACAUCGAGGAGAAGUGGUAUAGUCAACGGCUGGAGGAAGCCAUCGGGAAAAUCCAUCUGCCUGCUGAUUAGCAACUUUACAAUGAGGACUGGCUACUUAAAAAGCCUAUUAUUGCCUGUUUAGAGAUUUUUGAGUGCCAUUCAAAGCAUUUCAUGUUGAAAUUUGUCUGGGAUGAAUGCAAUUGUUGCAGUUUCCAGCAUCGUAAUGUCAGACAAGGCCAAUAAAAUCUGUUUGACUUCGCCCCUGAGCCACACGUACUCCCCUGGUUAAGCUGAGUCCAAGAAUGACCUUUUGUGCAGGAACCCCCUUGGCUUAUUGAAUAAGGAUUCUCAGCAUUGAGCCACAUAAGCCAGGGCAGUUGCAGCUUUGAUGUCCAGUCAACUGAGAGUUCACAGGGCAGUGGUAGGGCGCUGCACUUGGCCCCAUGGUCCUAUUCACUCCAUAGUGGAACUGUACUGCAACAUGCAAAGCAUAAGCCGAAAAGGCGAAUGGCUGUUACCAUGGUACUGAACAGGUGUUCUUGUCAGGCUGUAAAUGGGUAUGAGUCUACCUCCUAGGUGGGUAAGAAAGCACAUUGCUUUGGUUGACUGUCAGCAUCUUUUUUUAUAAAGAUCCAUAGCUAUAUAAUGGGAUAUUCCAUCUGUGCUUUUUUACAAAGGUUUUACCAGCUGGGAGGAUCCUGCCUAGUGUAACCUUCUGUGGUGAAACCUGGAGUACAAUUUGGGACACAGGGAGCAGAGGACAUCAUUUGCAGCUAGCAAUUCAAAUUUAACCACUAGAUUGAUUUUAAGCUUGAAUUUGUAAUCCAAUGCAAUAAAUGGAUAUAUAUUUCUCAUGUGUAAAGCUCACCAUAGUAAUUAGUAAUCCAAGCAACAGCAAUGCUAGCAGCAAGUAGAUGAAUAUGUGGGAUUAGAAAAUAAAAGAACCAUGGAAUUCAUCAAAACUUCUUCCACAGUCCAUGGGCACUUUAUCACAGACUCUAACCCACUCAAUUAAUCUCUACACUGUACUUUCUCAAUCUUACAUUCAGGGAUGAGAAAUUCCAGCCAUUUUGUGGAAUUCUGCCCUUUUUCCCUGACCUCUGCUUCCCUUCAGCUGCCACUAUUUCCAAUGCGGCCUAAGCCAAGAUGAGAGAACCCCAAAGCCUGCACAAUUUUCACCAGUAAUGAGGCCAGGAGCAGGUCCAGCAGAGCUGUUCAGUCUCGCACCCACCAAGACCUGGCUGCCAUCUGCAUUCACAACUGUUGCAGUUAAUGGCUGCUGGCUCCAGGCUAUCAGCAGGGCUGAGUACAAGUACAGCGAUAGCAGCAUCCCUUUAUGGACACACAGGUGUCACUGCUUACUAGCAGUGGGCGUCAGGGCAAAGGUAUUUUGGGGUGGUGUCGAGGCAGUGAGUGAGGCCUCACUGCGUGCUGCUUGCUGCAGACCAUCACUGUCACUUUCCUUUUGCAACAAGUUGGCGAAGCUUUGCUAGAGCUGCCAAUAACAGGGGUGAGAGUGGAGGUCAGAGUGGGAGACACACCAGUGACUUUGUUUUAAAAGAAUGUGUGUUGCAUAUCAAUCAUUUUAGAAAAAGCAUGAAUGUAAGCCACUGCCAAAUAAAAGAGCCCUGAUGAAA